GUAGAGCUAGAAAGGACUUCCAGCAAAGUGGCCUACAACUUCCACUGCACAUUCUCCCAGAAUGGCAAGAGAGCUGUCCAGAUGCAGGAUCCGCAGACUGCACUUGUCUGGGACCUGGUUGGGCGCAGGGUUCUGAACACUGUGCAAUUCAACCUCAGGUUGGGCCUCACUGGCGAGUUUCCUUUCCCCCUGAACAUUCAUCCUGAGGGCGUGUCAGCCGUGGUUGGGACAUUGAGGGAUGGGCCAGGGAUGCAGGUGCUAACAUGGGACACCACUGAAGACAUCCUGCGGGAGAACGUGGAGGGAAUUCCUAACCACAUAACAAUAUCUGACAGCGGGCGUUGGGCACUGACGGAUGACUCGUCAGGGUUGCCGCAUCCAGAAGCUUCUGAUUGGAGGAGCUUCAGCUCUGUUGGGACAAUGCCAAGGAGGGCAGCAACUGUGGGAGCGCUGUGGGUCAGGGAUGUCACUGGCAAGUCCGAGCCAAAGAAAUUGGCAGUUCCUGACCUGGACCCGUCCAUGUUCAUGGCCAUGUCUGAGCAUGGGGACAAGGUGGCUUGCUUGACAAAGGACAAGAGGCUGAUCGUGUGGACGCCAUAUGCGGCUGAUGGGUGCAUCCCAGACUACAACAUGGUGCAGGCCGGAAGAAGAGGAGGGCAAGGCGCAGUUGGGGAUGGUGUUGAAGAACUGUUAGCCAAGCACGGGGUGAGCCUUCUGAACUACCCAGACGAGAGUGGAAUGAAUAUACUGUUUCAGGCGAUCUACAACAACGACAUUGGCCUUGUCAGGAGGCUGCUUAAUUGGGUUUGCCAGAAGAAAAUGAAAAUAUCAAUGCGGACGGAUACGACGGCUGACAGUGCGGACUGGAAGAGGCGUCGGUCACCUGAGACAGCGCGUGUGCUUGUCGAGUACUUAUUGGGGGGCGUCACCACGGAGGCUGCCCAAGCGCAAAUUUUCAAAGAGUCACUGCUCAAUGUUCUUCGUGUGUACCCAUCGCUGUUUUAUGACGUUAUGUCAGACAAAAGGGUGUUUCUCAAGAUUGGCGAGCACAUGGCACCCGAGAGGGCUUUUGAACACCGUGAACUGCUGGCAACAUCCUGCGAGAUGAUGCUGCCCUCGGAAAAGUCCCUGAAGGAGAUGUGGGACACAAAAGUCAGGGAGAAGUAUGACAGCUACCAGCUGGCUAUGUCAGUAAACAUAGAGACGGUGGCAAAGGUCAUUCCGUAUCCUGACAUCGCCCGGAUUGGCAAGAAGGGACUUUUGAGGGCGCUGGUGGCCAACCGCACAACCCACCAAAUGUAUGCUGCAACGCCCAUUGCCAGCUUGGUCGACUACAAGUGGCAUAGCUAUGGUCGGGAGCUGCUGCUGGAGGAGCUUACGCAUUAUGCCCUGCUGCUAGCUUCCUUUACUGCCUACUGCAUUUUCUUGGGGCAUCUGGGAGAGUUUGAAGAAAGAAGUGCUUCUUUCAACGAUGCUGUGGCGAUCUUUGCUGCCAUUUCACUGGUGGUGUCCAUAAUUCUGGCCUUUUUCAAUCUUGUGCGCAAGAUUUUCCAGGUAAUCACCUUGGUCAAGGAGGAGGGUUUGAGGGGCUUUGUUAUGUGGUCCAACUUUCAUUGGCACUCGAUCGAGAUCGCCUCAUACCUCAUCGUGGUUUUCUUGAUCCCUUUUGCCUUUGUGAAAGGAGAAGCAAGGCAAGACGUGGAUCUGUCCAGUCUCUCCGCCAUUGUUGUGAUCAUGCUUUGGUGGAAGGCGCUGUACUACUGUGGACCUUUCAGAAGCACAGGAUCUCUUGUGGUGAUGAUCCGAGAAAUUCUCAAGGACAUCAUGAUAUUCAUGUUGCUGGCCUUUUCCGUUCUUUUUGGAUUUGGAAUCGCAUUUUACGUCCUGUACCGCCAUGCUCGAAGUGCCCACACGGGGCGCAGAGCCGCAUGCUCUCUAUUCAACGAGACUGAGGUGCAAGGCAUGAAAACAGUAGACCCCGAAAUGACGAUGUUCCUGGCCCCGGAAGUGAGGGAGUCACUCAUGCGUUGUGCGGAAGCUGUGAGACCCAAGGACAGGGUGCCAGAAGUGAGACAACAGAACGAGUUGGAUGAUGAAGAGGAACGAGAUGUGCUCAACGCGUUUGGAACACUUUCUAGGACGUUGCUCACAAUGUUCGGGUUUCUUCUCGGGGACUUCGACCUGGAGACGUUGUGGGAAGCUGAGAGUGCUUCAGUGGCGGUCACCCUCUUCGUUUUGUACGCACUGGCCAUGAUGAUCGUUCUCCUGAAUCUGUUGAUCGCCAUCAUGGGAGACAGCUUCGACAAAGUAAAAAAUACCCAAGAAAGCACGUUUGUGAAGGCACGGGCCCUUGUGAUUCACGAUGUCGAGACCAUGAUGUCCGAGAGAAAGAAGAGAGAGAAGGAGUGA